CUUCCUCAAGAUUCCUGCCCUGUCGUCACCUGGCACAACCCCCAGCCCGGCCCUCACCGCUUCUCAGGAAACGUCCCUGUUCCCAGCCUCCUCCAUCCUCUCCCCUGACCCGGACAGAGCCCCACUGUGAUCUCCCUGUUGUCCUUCCAGACGCCCAAGGUGGGCAAGAGAGGAAAAGCAGGUCCUGGAGGGAGAGGCGGGAAGAAACGUGCCGCUGGGAAAAAGAUGGCAGCCGUGGGAGCCCCUGAGGCAGGGAGCGGGCCAGCACCACCCGGGCCCAGCCAGCCGCCGAGCCAGGAGCUUCCUCCAUGCAAAGUGCCUGUGAAGGAGGAGCCAGUGGGCGAGCCCGACCCACUGAGCCAGGAGACCCAGCUGGAGGAUCCACUGAGCCAGGAGACCCAGCUGGAGGAGCCACUGAGUGACGUGAUGACCGUCUCCACCUCGUCGGAGCCACUGAGUGACGUGAUGACCUUUGAGUUGAGCAAGAUGGCGCCAAAGAAGAGAGCCUCGGUACCGCCGGCCAAGGCCGGGGAGACGCAAAAGAGGAAGUCCUCUUCUGAGACGCCCAAGGUGGGCAAGAGAGGAAAAGCAGGUCCUGGAGGGAGAGGCGGGAAGAAACGUGCCGCUGGGAAAAAGAUGGCAGCCGUGGGAGCCCCUGAGGCAGGGAGCGGGCCAGCACCACCCGGGCCCAGCCAGCCGCCGAGCCAGGAGCUUCCUCCAUGCAAAGUGCCUGUGAAGGAGGAGCCAGUGGGCGAGCCCGACCCACUGAGCCAGGAGACCCAGCUGGAGGAGCCACUGAGCCAGGAGACCCAGCUGGAGGAGCCACUGAGUGACGUGAUGACCGUCUCCACCACGUCGGAGCCACUGAGUGACGUGAUGACCUUUGAGUUGAGCAAGAUGGCGCCAAAGAAGAGAGCCUCGGUACCGCCGGCCAAGGCCGGGGAGACGCAAAAGAGGAAGUCCUCUUCUGAGACGCCCAAGGUGGGCAAGAGAGGAAAAGCAGGUCCUGGAGGGAGAGGCGGGAAGAAACGUGCCGCUGGGAAAAAGAUGGCAGCCGUGGGAGCCCCUGAGGCAGGGAGCGGGCCAGCACCACCCGGGCCCAGCCAGCCGCCGAGCCAGGAGCUUCCUCCAUGCAAAGUGCCUGUGAAGGAGGAGCCAGUGGGCGAGCCCGACCCACUGAGCCAGGAGACCCAGCUGGAGGAGCCACUGAGCCAGGAGACCCAGCUGGAGGAGCCACUGAGUGACGUGAUGACCGUCUCCACCUCGUCGGAGCCACUGAGUGACGUGAUGACCUUUGAGUUGAGCAAGAUGGCGCCAAAGAAGAGAGCCUCGGUACCGCCGGCCAAGGCCGGGGAGACGCAAAAGAGGAAGUCCUCUUCUGAGACGCCCAAGGUGGGCAAGAGAGGAAAAGCAGGUCCUGGAGGGAGAGGCGGGAAGAAACGUGCCGCUGGGAAAAAGAUGGCAGCCGUGGGAGCCCCUGAGGCAGGGAGCGGGCCAGCACCACCCGGGCCCAGCCAGCCGCCGAGCCAGGAGCUUCCUCCAUGCAAAGUGCCUGUGAAGGAGGAGCCAGUGGGCGAGCCCGACCCACUGAGCCAGGAGACCCAGCUGGAGGAGCCACUGAGCCAGGAGACCCAGCUGGAGGAGCCACUGAGUGACGUGAUGACCGUCUCCACCACGUCGGAGCCACUGAGUGACGUGAUGACCUUUGAGUUGAGCAAGAUGGCGCCAAAGAAGAGAGCCUCGGUACCGCCGGCCAAGGCCGGGGAGACGCAAAAGAGGAAGUCCUCUUCUGAGAUUUCCAAGGAGGGCAAGAGAGGAAAAGUAGGUCCUGGAGGGAGAGGCGGGAAGAAACGUGCCGCUCGGAAAAAGAUGGCAGCCAUGGGAGCCCCUGAGGCAGGGAGCGGGCCAGCACCACCCGGGCCCAGCCAGCCGCCGAGCCAGGAGCUUCCUCCAUGCAAAGUGCCUGUGAAGGAGGAGCCAGUGGGCGAGCCCGACCCACUGAGCCAGGAGACCCAGCUGGAGGAGCCACUGAGCCAGGAGACCCAGCUGGAGGAGCCACUGAGUGACGUGAUGACCGUCUCCACCUCGUCGGAGCCACUGAGUGACGUGAUGACCGUCUCCACCUCGUCGGAUCUACCGAGUGACGUGAUGACCGUCUCCGCCUCGUCCCUCAGCAGCGACUAAGUUCAGGCCCAGCUGCCAGGAGACUCGGAGAUCUCACCAGUGCAGGGGGCGCCCCCAUGCUGAUGUCAAUAAAUCCAAU